AUGAUCCCAAAGACCGUGAAACUAGGCAUCACCACAAAUCCCACCUCAUUAUCAACCCUCCCCCAAACUACCCAUCUCGUUGCCUCGAAAGGUGUACAUGUCCUGGUCAUACCAAACUUGACUAUACCACCACCUUCUCUUCAUACUUCCUCCUCAUCCUCAAAUCCAAAUCCAACCCCAACUCAGAAACUAAGAGAAACAUACCUAAAACUCUACAACUCAGCAAUUGAAUUAGAGAAUCCAUCCGGCCCUGGUAAUGAAACCAAAGAAUCUCUAGAACGACUCGCCCACGAAACAAACAUCUUUCUGAUGGUGGGUGUGGUUGAACGCGCCGGGGGACGGUUAUUCUAUACCGUGCUGUUCAUACAUCCUGAUACGGGGAUCGUGGGGAAAAGAAGGGGAUGUGUAUUGGGCCAAGACAUCGUCACCUGGGAUGAAAAGUCCCUUUUCGUCUACGGAGAACGCGUUCUUCUCCUCUCGGGUGAAUUCCAUCCCUUUCGUCUCCCAUCUCCUGGUCUAUGGCUAGAUGUCUUCCAAAAAGUCCGCGCCAUCGGUUACUCCGCCGUCUCUUUCUACGUAGACUGGGCCCUGCUCGAAGGACAGCCCGGCCACAUUCGCACCGACGGUGUAUUUAACCUGGAGCAGUUCUUCGACGCUGCUCAAGAAGCGGGCCUCUACUUGAUUGCCCGCCCGGGCCCUUACAUCAAUGCCGAAGUCUCCGGAGGAGGGUUCCCCGGCUGGCUGCAGCGUGUGGAUGGUCCCCUCAAACGGACCGAUUCGCCGUAUCUAGAUGCCAUCACUCCAUAUAUUGCUGCCGUGGGCGAGAUCAUCUCACGCGCUCAGAUCGCCAAUGGAGGCCCGGUCAUUCUCGUGCAAGCGGAGAACGAAUACACCCUCUGCAUGACAGAGACCGGAUACACGCAGAUGAAUAACGAGACCGUCACGGCUGGCAACAACUCGUGCCUGGAAAAGGAGUAUAUGGCUUAUGUGGAGGAUCAAUACCGACAGGCUGGAAUUGUUGUCCCUCUGAUCGUCAACGAUGCCGAGCCACUGGGCGACUUUGCCCCGGGCACUGGAGUGGGAGCGGUGGAUAUCUACAGUUUUGACUUUUAUCCCCUCCAGUGGAGUACUGCGCCUCGCAAUGCGUCGGGCUGGUCCUCACUGAACAACCCGCUCGAAUGGUACAAUUACACUGUCCAUGAGGAACAGAGUCCGACCACCCCGGUCUCCAUCUCCGAGUUCCAAGGCGGAGUGCCUGAUGCUUGGGGAGGAGUGGGCGUGGACACAUCUGCAGCAUAUAUCGGACCAGCAUUUGAGCGCGUGUUUUACAAGCUCAAUUACGGCUAUCGGGUGGCCAUUCAGAACCUCUACAUGAUCUUCGGCGGCACCAACUGGGGCAACCUCGGCCAUCCCGGAGGAUACACGUCGUACGACGUGGGGGCUGCCAUCAUGGAAGAUCGACAAGUCAUUCGCGAGAAAUACAGUGAGCUGAAGCUGCAGGCAGGCUUCUUGCAAGCAUCCCCAGCCUACUUGAUAUCGCAGCCGGACAAUGGCACCUAUGGGAUCUACACAAAUAGCACCACACUGGCAACCACGUGCCUGCACACCAACACUACAAACUUCUACAUCGUACGACAUGGCGAGUUAUCAACCGACAACACCGUCUCAUACAGUCUCCAGCUCCCCACCUCCAUCGGAAACAUCACCAUCCCCCAACUCGGCGGAUCCCUCAGUCUCCACGGCCGGGAUUCCAAAAUCCACGUCGUCGACUACGACAUCGGAGGCAUCAACCUGAUCUACUCCACCGCCGAAGUAUUUUCCUGGAAAAAAGCCGGCAACAAAUCCGUCCUCAUCCUGUACGGAGGCGAAGGAGAAACCCACGAAUUCGCCGUCCCUGGCACCCUAGUUCCCUCUGCCAUCGAAGGAGACGGUCUUCUCAUCAACUCAUCCACAUCCACAUCCACAAUCAUCCAAUGGACCGUCCAGCCCUCACGUCGCGUCGUCCACUUCACCGACCAGCUCGAAAUCCACCUCCUAUGGCGCAACUCCGCCUACAACUACUGGCUCGAACUCAUCGCCGCCCCCCCAUCCAUCUCCACCAUCCUCUUCAACAACCACCUCCUCCAAACAACAACCACCCCCACGGCCGCCUCCACGCAACCCUCCCCUACACUCCACCCCAAUUCACCCUCCCCCAUCUCUCCUCCCUCCGCUGGCACUUCACCUCCUCCCUCCCCGAACUCCACCCCACCUACAACUCCUCCCUCUGGACCCCCUGCAACCACACUUCCACCCCCAACCCCGCCCCUCACCACCCCCACCUCCCUCUACUCCAGCGACUACGGCUACAACACGGGCUCCCUCCUCUACCGGGGUACCUUUACAGCCAACGGCUCCGAAUCCACCCUCUACCUCCUCACCGAAGGCGGCUACGCCUACGGCCACUCCAUCUGGCUGAACACCACGUUCCUCACCUCCUGGCCCGGCUCCCCAUCCGAAAUGUUCCACAACCAAACCAUCUCCCUCCCCACCCUCCACCCGGGAAAAACCUACACCCUCACAAUCCUAAUCGACCACAUGGGCAACGACGAGAACUUCCCCGCUAACGGAGCAAUUAUGAAAGAUCCCCGCGGUAUACUAGAUUAUACUCUCCACGGGCGGAGCAAGGAUGCCAUAGCGUGGAAAAUGACUGGGAAUCUAGGCGGCGAAGCAUACGUUGAUCAUUCCAGGGGCCCGUUGAACGAGGGAGGGUUGUAUGUUGAGCGCAUGGGAUAUCAUCUCCCUGGGGCGCCGGUGCAUCAAUGGACGACAGUCCACUCACCUAUUGAUGAGGUUAUAUCUACCCCCGCUUCCGGGGGGUAUGAUGUUCCGUUGAGUGUGGUGUUUACCAACACUUCUACUAUCGCUACCACCAACGACACAAGCGAUGUGUCUCCCGCGCAAUUCCGCGCCCAAAUCUUCAUAAACGGAUGGCAAUUCGGGAAAUAUAUAAACCACAUCGGCCCCCAAACCCACUUCCCCAUCCCGGAAGGAAUCCUCAAUCACAACGGGAGUAAUUACCUCGGGGUAACGAUUUGGUCCAUGGAUACACGACCAUUCCAACUCGCUGGUAUACGGCUCCAAGCUAAUGCUGUGAUUCAAAGCGGGUAUGCGAAACCCGCCCUGGUUUGGGGGGAGGAGUACGUGUCGCGGGUGGGGGCGUAUUAG